AUGAACUUUGGCAAGCUCUUCCCUCUGGUGGGCAUGAUGACAGUCGUCUCUUCCGCUGUUGUCUUCAAUGCUGCUCCGGCCUAUGCGAAUUUAUCUAUCUACUAUGAGCGACCCAAUAGUGGUGGCUACCCUUACCCCACGCCCACGCCUGAAGCAGCUAAACCCUGUGAAUACAAUACUGAGGCACCUACUCCCCAGAUCCACAGUGGACGCCCUGAAAGCCGAGGAUAUCUUUGUCCAACUCCAGCCCCGCGGGGCCCAGACGACAGCGAUUCAAGUGAGUAUGACACUGUGAAUACUACCACUGCGAACGAACCGAAUUACUAUGGCCAUCCUAACGACGGUGGUGACCCUCUGUUAUUAAAGCGAAGUAAACACAACCAAAGUUGA